UCACAGGAUUACUUGAGGGAGUUCGGGUAAACAAAAGAUCCAAGCGGAACCCAGGAAUUGUCAAGAAAAAGCAUCGUCGCCAUCCCAAUCCCCACAACAGAGACCAUGGUAUCGUCCUCUGCCACCCCUGCAACAAGCAACGCUACCGCUUCCAAGAAGCGGCCUCGAGACAAGAGCGAUGAAAGCAGCAUCGGUGCUAGAGAAACUCCCGAGAAGAAAGCCAAGGAAGGGCACAAGAAGGACAUCCCAGGAGCAUCGCCGGAACCGCGCAUUGUCGAGGAAAAGGGCACGUCAAGUAAAACCGUUGGUACCAUCAAGACCCCACCGGGGGGGUUGCAACCGUCCAAGUCCAAUACUACCAAGGGUAAUCAAGCCAAUGGGGGUUCAGUGGAUCGCAUCAAUAUUCUUGGGUCUCCUCCUUCGCUCAUCCUGAGUUCUGAGAAACUGGCCGAGUCGCAAUCAUCGCAAUCAUCUACUGAGAAUCUCCUACCAGUAUGCAUUUACAGCAGCAGCAGCCCUUUACCUGCAAUCCAAACAGUUGAACAGGAAAGCUCUGUUGAAAACAUUUCUGAUGAAAAGACUGCCCAGACAACAAAUGAGGCAAAUGGAUCUUCUUCAGUGUUAUCGUGGGUUUCUGGGCUGGUGGUCCUCGUGUCUCUAAUCCUCUUUUAUGCUACUUCCAUUACCACGGGCUUUUGGCUUGCCGAAAAACUGGACCGAGAGUUGGAUGCCUUGGACUAUCAGUCAUCGGUAAAGUCACUGGAAACCAAACUCAAGACGCAGCAAAUAGAGCAUCACAACGACAUGGAACAGUGGAAAGCAAAGGUCGGCUUGGUCCAGCAAGAAUUGAAGGGAUUCCAGCAAGAGUGCAGUAGCUUGUUUGAGCAACUAGAACGACAACAUCUAUCUGAAGAAGAAGCUGAAAAAGAAGAACCAAACUGACAAUUCACAGAUACGAGCAAUAGUCUUGGUUGAAUCCAUCCUUUGUUCUCCAAGUUUGUGAGAAUGUAUUACUAUUGUCGAGCUUUGACUGCCAAUUCUGUAUCCAAGAAACGCCACACAAUCAAAAGUGUCAUCAAACCCACCUCCUUUCAUGGGAAAUGAGUUAUGUCUGGUGUUGCUGUGAGGGUUGAACCUGUUAUGUUUCUGCAGUUGCUUCUUUGUAGUGUUUGUUUGGGAGUCGGCACUUGCUGGGAAUGUUUGACGUGGUCUUUGCACUUUGACGGGUACUAGCAGUUGGUCUGGCUGUGAUGUAAACCUUAAGUAGAAAUUUCUAGAUCUAGGAUUUACCCUCCAUGCAACCUCC